AUGUAUCACUUCAUAAACAAAUAAUUUUUGUGCGUUUAUUUUGAUACAUUCUUUCAAGGCUGUGAAUUUAGAAAGGAUGCUUUUGGUACAUUUUGUUACUUAAUUAAAUAUCUAAAAUCUUCAUCUUAAAAAUGGACUCUCUGAAAGAAAAAACUCCAUUAAUUCCAAACAACGAGGACGCCAUUUUAAAAAGCAGAAAGAAGAGGGUACACUUCUGUUUGUGUUUAAUCACGAUUCUUCACUACGUUACAUCGAUCAUCGGGAGUUUAGUUGUGUCGGAGUACACUUUCCAGUAUAUAAGUGACCAAGAAGGAGAAUCGAGCCAGCUGACUUCGCGUCACGCGAGUUCAAACGAGAAUUGUUCCUCCCAUCAAAACGAGGCUCAACAUAAGUCUGCUCAGUGGAACGCGUACUAUGAGUAUGUUGAAUACGUUCCGGCUCUUCUUGUCGUUAUUUUCGGAGGAGUCAUGUCUGACUACUAUGGAAGAAAACUGUUCAUUAUACUACCUGUCUUAGGAACUUUCCUCCAAUAUUUUGCAACUCUCGUUGUUUUACAGUACAAUCUCCACAUAAAAUAUUUAUUUGUCGGCUGUGUGCUAGCUGGAAUCACGGGGACCCAUUACACAUUAAAUGUGGCGCUCUGUGGCACCAUUGCAGACGUUUCGAAUUAUGACAAUUCUCGGACGUUUAAGAUAGCGUUGUUACAUCUUUACGCAGGUCUUGGAUCCGUAAUGUCACAGCUAUCCACAGGAUAUAUGAUUAAGUACCUUGGCUUUACCAUGCCUUGUUUAGUGGCAGUAACACUUUCUUUUCUCAAUCUUUUGGUUGGACUAUGCAUACCAGAAACCUUAGACAAAUCAAAGCGAAAACCUAACAAGGAUAAUUUGUAUCAAAAGCUCGGUCGAUUUUUCGCUUUUUACACCAGUUCUUCGAAUCUCAGAGAUGGAAAAGUGUGGCAAUUCGUUCUGUGUCUGCUCGCUUUAUUUGUCAUCAUUUCCCCCUAUACAACGAGACAGAGUAUGGAUAUACUGUAUUUUGUAGGCCAGCCAUUUUGUUUUUCAUCAGAGGAAAUAGGCUGGUACAAUUCCUUAAGCGGUUUAACCAUUGUUGUGUCUGUCUUUCUUUUAAAGUUGCUCCACUUUUGCUUAAAUGACGAGAUAAUUGCUAUUCUAAGCUGUUUCUCCGGUAUUGCCUGCUUUUGCGUGGAAGGUUUAGCUUCCGGUUGGUGGAUGUUAGGCAUUGCAAUUGGAUGCGGGGUGAUCGCCCUAAAUUCACUUCCAGUCAUCAAAGGCAUCAUGUCUCGAUUGGUCAAUGAAAAGGAACAAGGUGCCCUUUUUGCUAAUGUAUACCUCCUGGAGACCCUGUGUCGGUUAUUUGGCUCCACUGUUUUCUUCAAUAUUUACGCCGAGACCCAGUACUUUAUGAGGGGGUUCGUGUAUUUUGUUUAUGCUGGAUUUAUUGCCAUGGGAGGAAUCUCAAUGAUACCUGUCCUGAUUUCUGCUCAUAGAAAUCCAAAGAAAGUAACAGAAAUUUCGAUACAGGGCUGAGAGAUUUAUUUUAGGCUUGCAUGCUGCAAAUACAGAAGUAACCAAUUUGUUAAUUUGAAGAAAAGUU